AUGACUCGACUAUCCAUUCUUGGACUUUUCCUCGUCGUUUUACUCUUGAGCGACGUGGCUUUCGGAGCCGGAGACAGCCGAAAGAAAGGCUCGAACGCCAUGUAAGUGUUGCCACGUGGGACCGCGCACUCUCAUCUGGUUUCCAGAAUCCGUCAAAAGCGUCAAUACCUCGGCUACCCGUACGGAAUUGGAAUGGGAAUGCCCUACUCGUAUGGCUACGGCUACAAUCCGUACAUGAUGUACCGCCCGUACCCAAUGUACGGAAUGCCCUACUACCGCCCGUACGGCUUCUGGGGAAAGUAA